GCGUUGAUUGAGUACAAGGCGAGUUCGAUGGACGAGAAGUACUUCAACAGACAGAACAACAACUUCAGACGCCGCCUGGAGAGGAUCGGCUGCGAUUUCGUCCAGGAGUUGAUGCCCGCUGACGAAGCCGCCAAGCUGCCCGAGACCGCCUGCCUCUCGGUUGACAGCCCUGAGAACCAGUCGAUCAAGAAGCAAUUUCAAGAGGCAGUCCAGAUCUCCAAGGCUUGGGUGAAGAAGCAGGCCUUCGACAGCGACUUCAAAAAAACGCUGGCCAACUCCCUGGUAUUCUUGCGGACCCCGCCGGAGGCCAAGCCGCCCUUCCCGUCUUGGAUGAUGGUGAACUACCUCUCUUCGAACGUUGAGGCCGCCGAGGAUGGCAAGGCGCUCUGGGGAUACAUGUCGACAGAGACUCUCAUCGAGCUAGAGUUCACUUCGCAGAGCAGCCAGGAGAAUACUAUUCGUGACAUGGUCAAGAUGAAGGUUAGCUUGCUGUGCCAGGGCGACGCUUCCGGCCUGACUGAAAGGUUGCUUCAGAUCGCCAAGGAAUGCCCCGAAACGUGUUUCAUCGACAUCCGCAACGACAUGCAGGCCCUUCAGUCCGUCCUUUCUAUCUUCGGCGAGGCUGUCAUGAGUAGUGAGGGCGUGGACGCCAUUCAGCAGAACUACGAUGGCAUCAUGAGUGGCAAGUUUUCGCUGAGCUCUUACCUGAGGGAGUGGCCAAAAGGCGACGAGCUCCUGAAGUCGGUGGCUAAAUCACUUGAAGGGAAGAAGGCUGGGAACAGCAUCGCGGGCAAAGUGCUCGAGAACAUCGCGGUAAUUACCGAUGCUUUUGCAGUGUACGAGUGCGGUUGCAAGGAAGGCGCGACCAUGGACGCCAUGGAGCUUGUUCUCGCCGUUACGUAUGCGACCAUCGAGCUUUCGAGUACCAUUGGAUCUUUGCCCCAGGCUGCCACUGCCUAUAUGGAGACGGACUCUAUGGGCGAGCGCGUGACCAUGCUUCUCAAGUGCUUGGCGCAGACGUUUAUGGAUGGCCACGAGGAUUGGCUGAGAAGGCGGUACUCUGACAAGGGAAUCAUGCAGCAGAUGCUCGACUGGAUCCCCAAGGUGCGCGAAGCCAUGAACAAUUUGUGCCUCGUCGACCAGGAUGCAACAGGCAAGUACUGCUACGCGAGGGCAGUGGUCAAGUUCCUGCGCGAAUCCAGUUCCCUUUUCCAAGAGGGCACGGCCAUGGGUGACGCGGUCAGUUCGUUCGGCUUGGGCGAGAUGAUGCCGCGUUUUUUCGACACGUUUGAAUCGCACGAGCUUUUCAAGAAGAGCAUCACGCUUGCCAAAGAUGCGUUGGUGAAGGACCUGGGCGCUUUCAAAGAUUUCUUGCGUGAUUUCGUUUUCGCCAACUUCCCAGCGGACGGCUUCAUGCAGGAGUCGCAGUGGGCCGACGCCGUCUGCCGCGCGGACUGGGGCCCGAAGUCGGUUGGCCUCCUCGUCCCCAAGCCCAAGGUCGGAGAAGGUGUGGAGUUGAGUAUUCAGGCAGCUCAAUUGUUGGAUUCCGCUCUCGCUGGGUGCAGGGUGGUCGAUGACCCGUUAUUGUGGUUGCAGGCGUGUUGCGUCGCCAAGUCCCUCGCCACGUGGAG